AUGAGUUCGCUUUCAAUUGUAAGUCCGGAACGUCGAAUUGAACUAAAUCCUUUUGAUGUCGAUGCCUGGAAUCUUUUGCUGCGAGAGUCACAGGCGAGACCAGUUGAUCAGGUGCAUUCGUUCUACGAAAAAUUGGUGGCACAGUUUCCGAAUGCUGGCCGUUACUGGAAAGCAUAUAUAGAUCAUGAACUUCGUGGCAAAAAUUACGAAAAUGUGGAAUCAUUAUUUGGGCGCUGUCUCAUUCAUGUCCUCAAUAUCGAUCUCUGGAAGUGCUAUGUUUUCUAUGUACGUGAGACUAAAGGACAUCUGUCUUCGUUCAGGGAAAAAAUGGCGCAAGCAUAUGAAUUUGCUUUGGAUAAAAUUGGUCUUGACAUGCAUUCAUACUCCAUUUAUUCCGAUUAUCUUUCCUUUCUUAAAUCUGCGCCCACAGUUGGUCAGUACGCAGAGAAUCAGCGAAUUUCAGCUGUUCGUAAAAUUUAUCAGCGUGGCGUCGUCACUCCAAUGAUUAAUAUCGAACAAUUGUGGGCUGAAUAUUGUGCUUAUGAAAAGAGCGUAAAUGCCACAUUAGCGGAGAAAUUGAUAGCCGAACGAAAUAAGGAAUACCAAGUUGCUAAGCGUAUCUCAAAAUCGUUGGAGCAAGUGACAAGGGGAUUAAACCGACAGGCUGUAAGUGUCCCACCGCGAGGAACUGCUGCAGAAAUGAAGCAGCUGGACAUGUGGCGGAAGUACAUACAAUGGGAAAAAAGUAAUCCUUUGGGCACAGAAGAAUACGCAUACUUUGCUAAAAGAGUAAUAUAUGCUUACGAACAAGCUCUGCUGUGCCUUGGAUAUUAUCCUGACAUGUGGUACGAAGCCGCAUUGUUUCAGCAACAAGCUGCAGCUGUUCUGGCAGAAAAGGGUGAUGUAAAAUUAGCAGCCACAAUGAAUGCUGAUAUCAUUCAAUUAUUCGAACGUGCAGUCGGAGGCCUAUUAAAGGAAAGCCAACUUUUGUUUUUUGCAUAUGCAGAUUAUGAAGAAGAACGAAUGAAAUUUGAUAAUGUGAGGAAAAUUUACGAUCGACUUCUGGCAAUUGAAACAGCCGAUCCUACCUUGGCUUAUAUACAACUGAUGAAAUUUGUGAGGCGAACCGAAGGUGUGCAGUAUGCACGUGCAAUUUUUAAGCGUGCACGUCAGGAUUCACGUUGCAAAUUUCACAUUUUCGUUGCUUCUGCACUUAUGGAAUAUUAUUGCAGCAAGGAUACAGAUAUUGCAAUAAGGGUUUUUGAUAUGGGACUGAAAAAGUAUGGCGAUGAACCGGAAUAUGCUCUCGCUUAUGUCGAUUUUCUGUCACACUUAAACGAGGAUAACAAUACACGUGUCGUUCUUGAGCGAAUAUUGACUUCGGACUGUAUGGCACCUGAAAAAUCGAUUGAGAUCUGGGAUCGCUACUUAGAAUUUGAAUCACAUGUUGGUGAUUUGUCGAGUAUUUUGAAAGUUGAUCAGAGGCGGCGUGAAGCGUUAAAAGAACAAUAUGGCGAAAUGCAAACCCUAUUGUUAAUUGAUCGAUAUAAAUUUCUGGACUUGGUACCGUGCACUAGUGAUCAGUUGAGAUUGAUGGGUUAUUCGAAAAAACUAGGACAAGGUUCGUCAUUGAUUGGACGUUCAUCAGUUUCAGGAACAGUUUCUUUAUUGUCAAAUGGUGCUCAAACAAAUGGACAGAAUGUGGUGAGGCAAACUCCAGCUGGGGGUGGACCAUCAGUCGUAAUGGGUGGUGGUGUAAGUCUGGAAAUUUCCGGUUAUCCAAGGCCGGAUACAGAUCAGAUGAUACCUUUUAAACCAAAAUUGAACACGAAUACCAGUUACCAUCCUAUUCCUGGUGGUGUUUUCCCGCCACCGGCUGCAGCUGCUCAAUUGAUGCAGAUGUUACCGCCUCCAUGGUGUUUCAAUGGUCCUUUUGUUUCGAUAGAUUUACUUAUGGAAAGCUUAACAAAAUUCAACCAAGGUGGACCACCAUCAGUCGAUCCUAAAGUGAAAUUGGAGAAUGGUACCAUGUUCGGAAUGCAUCGAGUAGAAGAUAUCAAAAAAGAAUUUUAUCAGUUAUUGAAUACGACUACGGAUCCUAAUGUUAUUUUGGCGUCAAGCGAAUACCAGCAACAGCAAACAGCUUCUGUACAACGGAAGAGACGAGCAGGUGGUGGUGAUUCUGACAGCGAUGAAGAAGCAGCACCGCGUGCAUCUGGGAUCGUUCGUGACAUUUAUCGGAGGAGAAUGAAUCAAAAAGUUCACGAGUAA